AUGCACGGCCUUUAUUCCAUUGGCGCGGCCCUGGCCGUCAUGAUCCAGGGCACGAGUGCGGUCACCAGCGCUCCCGCAACUUGGUAUGGCGGAAACCUGAGCGGAGGCAACUGUCUUUUUUCUAGUUACACAUUGCCAUCAAGCGUCCUGGGCACUGCCUUGUCUUAUUCCGAUUAUAAUGGAAACUGUGGUACUUGCCUCAGCGUCAAGGGUCCCAAAGGAAACAGCAUCAAAGUCAUGGUCGUGGACAAGUGCCCCUCAGGCUGUGGCAAGGGCCAACUGGAUCUCUUCCCCGAUGCAUUCGCCAAGCUCGACGACCCUAACAAGGGCAAGAUCAAUGUCCAGUGGGAGCAGGUCCCCUGCGGCAUCACCUCACCCUUGAUUGUUCGUAACAAGGAGGGAACGUCAAAGUAUUGGUUCUCCAUGCAAGUUGUGAACCACAACUAUCCUGUCACCAAGUUCGAAGUUAGUACCGAUAGCGGCAAGAGUUGGCAGCCAACUGUCCGCCAGGACUACAACUACUGGCAGAAGAGCAGUGGCGAUGGAUUUCUCGUGGACACUGUAAGCGUCCGCGUCACCUGCUCCAACGGUAAGCAGGUUGUCGUGAAAAACGUUGGUACCAAGGAAAAUGCACCAUUCACCGCAACUGGCAACUGCUAG